AUGCAUAAACAUGGGAAGAGGUUACAUAUGGGAUCGUAAAAUCAAUAAUCUCUAACAUCUCUAAAUUCAAAGAAUGCUAAUUAAGAAACAGAAAAAUAAUAAGAUCAAUAUGAAAUAGUACAAUAAAGUUUUGAGAAUUCAAUGUAAAUGAAUGUGAAAGAUCAUAUUGAUAAAUUAUUUGUAAUAGGUAUUAAUAUAAAAAUAGAAUAUUUUAAACAAAAUCAAAGAUGAUUUAAAGGUUAGCAGAGAUGAUAUGAAUGUUAUACGUGAAGAAUUACAUAAAAUGAAAUCUAAUUAAUAUAGAGAAGAAGAUUAAAUAACUAAAACAUUACUUUCAGAUGUAUAAUUAAUCAAUAAUUUAGAUUAAUAAACAUAAUAAUGAAUUAAAUAAAUAAAAGAUUGAUACAUAAACUGUUUAUGGAAGUCUAAAUAUGCAAAUCUCAAGUUUAUAUUGCGAUAAAGAUUUUCUUAAUGGAAAUACUACUAAAGUUGAGUUGGAUACAAAUAUGGUUGAAACUCAUGUAGGUUUUAGAAGAGUUUAUGAUUGA